AUGGUGCAGGAGCCUGGGCUAGCCACCUCUGCGCCUCCCGGUUCUCAGGCCCUUCUGGACGUUCUGCUCCAGAACCUCUACGACUUUGGAGAGACAGAAGAUGAAGCAGAGCAGAAAAGGAUCAGAAAGAAAAGAGAGAAGAAAAGAGAUAUGGGGACCCCAGCAGCCUUGGUAGCAGAGCCAUAUCUCCAACCUGUAUCUCUUGUCAGAGGCCAGAGGAAGAGUGCUUCCAGCUUCUUCCAGGAACCCCAGGAAGAGCUGCAGGGUGUUGCCGCCAUGACCCCUGGUGGUUUCCCUUCAGGACCUGUAGUCUCUAGUGCUGCAGUAGCCCACUCUCCCCUGAGGAACGACAGGGAACCAGUAGAAGUGGUGGAAUUUCACAGCAGAAGUAGAAAAAGAAAACAGAAGCCUGAUCAAGACGAGAACACAAAGACCAAAACUAGUAUCCUCGAGAAAGAUGUGGAUAUACAAGAAUUUAACUUAGAAAAGGCUCGUUUGGAAGUGCACCGGUUUGGGAUCACAGGUUAUGGAAAAGGAAAGGAGAGAAUCCUGGAGCAGGGACGUGCCAUUAUGCUGGGCGCUAAGCCUCCCAAAAACAGUUAUGUGAAUUACAAGGUUUUACAGGAGCAAAUCAAAGAAAAAAAGUCAGCAAAGGAAAAAGAAAAGAGAACGGCCCAGGACACAGAUAUUUUCAAGAAAAAGAAGAGGAAAGGACAGGAAGGCAGGAAAUCCAAAAAGAAGAAAUCGGCUCCCAGUAUUUUGUCAAGUGGACGGAUUGGACAGGUUGGAAAAUUCAAAAAUGGGACACUGAUUCUGAGCCAAGUUGAUAUCAAAAAAAUAAAUUCUUCCGGAGUGGCUAAAUGAAGUACUUUAUAAAAUAAAGAGAGAAAUGGGAAAGUGCCAAUGUACUGAAACUGGACCCCUACAAGACUUCCAGAUUAUUCUUAUUUAUUUCAUAUUUCAUAGACUGC